AUGGAUAGUGACAAUAAUAAACGUUUCAAUUUUGAUCACCUUUCUCAAAGAUAGCUUAAGAAUAGACUCUACAAAAACAUCAAUCGAUAUGAUCCUACCGAACGAAAACUUACUUAACCACUCUCGAAUGCAUCAAACCCAUAUUUGAUACCCAAAAUUUCAAAAUAGAGAUUAGAACCAAUUAUAUCACCUCAAGUCAAUUUGGGUGUGACCAUUUAAUAAGGUAGAAUUCUGCUUGAUCAAUCUGCAUAUCAAUCUGGCAAAAACAUUAGAAAUGAUACUUCUUUUGCCUAUGAUCACUCUAAAAAACCUAAGAACUUAUCGCCCUUGGAACAAAGACUCUAAAGUGAUUAUGGAAUGAGCAUGUUGGACGAUGCAUAAAACCCAAAUUCAUCAGUCAAUGAUUCUAUCAUAAAUCUAUUUCAAUUCCCUGAGAGAAAGAAAGACACAUCUAUAUUAAAAAAAGAAUUAAAAAAAUAAAAGAAGAAAUAGCUACAGUAAUCCUACUUGUCUCCUAUGGAUUUCAUUUACCUCAUUAAAACAGAUCCUGAAAUGGCUAAUCAAUUUUGUUAUUUGAAUAAAAGAGAUCAUGCCUAUGAUUAUGAAAUCGUAGAGUUUGAGGAUCGAAAUGAUAAAGAGUACAUGACGAUAAGUGCAAGAGGCAUUACAUAUUAUCAAAACGAGGAGACUACUUUCCUAACCAUUGAAGAAUGGUAAAGAGAGGCCAAUCUUCUUUUAAGACCUACAGGAAAAUCGACUUUUUCAGAAAAUACAAGUUGUGGAAAAACUUCUUCUUAUGGAAAAGACUCAUGA